AUGGGGUUCGAUUGCCAGCUAAAGGACAAAUUCAGCUUGGUCACCGUUAAGGCUAAAACGUGGCAAAAUGACGACCACGCAGAGGUGUAUAAACUCAAUAUCACUUGCGUUUAUCAACCUAAGGACUUGGAUGUGGUGUUAGCCGAAAUGCCCCAAAUAUUGUUAUAUAAGCAUACCAAGUUUUAUUUGAGAAACUGUUUUCAGUUUCCCGCUUUGCUAAGACAGCCAAAUGUCAGCUAUGAAGGCAGCGUAGAGUUCGAUCCAUACUUGGACGCGUCCGAAGAUUUCUUUCAGCAUUCAAGCAGCUUAGAGCAUUUAAUACUACCUGUAAAGUUUACAUAUGUUGAUGAGCCGCUGCCUGCAAAGCUGCUGCACAACUUGACCAAUUUGAAGAGCUUGCAGAUCAUCGCUUACACUGCAUACCCCAAAAUUAGUUGGCCUGUAGAGCUCUUGCACUCAUUGUACAACUUGGAGAGGCUGUCUUUGGAAAUGGUGGCGCUUCACACUUCCCUACAAGCCAUGAAUAGCGCACAUUUUCGCGAUUUGCGCGCACUUAAGAAGCUGAAGUUGGAUAAGAAUUACAUGAUGACGCUGCCAGAGGAUCUCUUCAGUAAGUUACCCGCGUUGAACCGCUUGAGCUUGCAGCUGAAUGGGCUGACCGAGCUGCCGAAAAAUUUGCUGUGUAUGCAGCGUAAAUUGGUCUCACUCGACUUGUCCAGCAAUCGGUUGACUACUCUGCCGACAGGGUUAUUUGCGAACACACCGCUACUGUGGGAGCUGGCACUUGCCGGCAAUCGACUUAGUGUGCCUUCGAAUAUUAUAGAAAAUGUGCACGCGUUAAGCUACCUAUACAGAUUGGACUUGGACGGCAACCAUUUCGAAACUAUUUGGGGAGCAGGAAACUACCGAAAUCUAUCCAUUUUUGCACGCGCCCACCGCGCAGAUCCAUACGCGUUGUCAAACCUCAUAGCCAUGGGUUACGACGGCGAGCGGAAGCCAGAUGUUGAUAAGCCACUCAAUUACACCUUCAUUUCGCUGAGAGCAAACAAACUUUCACACUUUUCGUUGGACUGGAUCGCUGAGGCGGGCGUACAUUGUCCAUACUUCUUUGAUCUCGCUCUCAAUGAAAUACGCAAUGUGAACGCCAUUUUGCGACCACCUACCUUCACCUGCUUGCAUGAAGUGCAUUUAAAAGGGAAUCCUUUGGUCUGCGACUGCAAAUUAGCCUGGGUCUACCACACAGAUAUGCUCGUGAACACCGAUUACUGGACUUGCGCAUCCCCCGUGCACUUGGCUGAGAGCGGUUUACAAGGUUUGCAGCGCGCCGAUCUCUGCGACUGGUCGCCCGCCUGGUGCCCGGAGAAGUGUACAUGCACACGACAAGCCGAGGUGUUGUUAAUCAACUGCCAACGCGCGCACUUGCAAGGUCUCACACAGCUGCCACGUCCCGAACAAUUGUCGCUUGCGGAAAGCACGCUCUACCUUGAAGGCAACCUUUUCCGCCAGCUGCCCUCAAAUGGUACCUUCGGUUACGCCAACGUUACUCGCUUGUACGCCGCGCACAAUCGGCUCAACAUCGUGUUGCCGGCUCAUCUGCCGCCUAGCUUGACUGUGUUGGAUUUGCGCGCCAACCAUUUGGAGCGUUUGAGCGCAGGCUUUCUGCGCAGCUACCUCAACGGUAGUGAAACACUUACAGAGUUAUAUCUCUCCGAAAACCCUUGGUUGUGCGAUUGCGAAACUGAACUGCUAUUAUAUACACUACGCGCACAGAGCGCACGCAUACCCGACGCUGGCGAUAUGUAUUGCGCCAAUUUUCCCAACGUAACCCUCUUGAAUGUGAUAUUCAACGACGUAUGCGUGCUGCCCACCAGCAGUUUGGGUUUGAUGACGCGACUCAUUGCCAUCUUUCUCACAAUUCUGCUGCUACUCAGUCUUGUUACGCUCUACUACAAAUACGAGCUGGAAGUCAAAAUCUGGCUGCACGCACACAAUUUGACUCCCGUUUGCUUCAGCAUCGACGAUCUAGACAACGAUAAAACUUUCGAUGCCUUCAUCUCAUAUUCGCACAAGGAUAAGUGCUAUGUGAACAACACGCUGUUGCCACAACUGGAGCACGGCGAUCCACCAUUUCGAAUUUGUACGCACGAACGCAAUUGGCUUGCCGGCGCCUAUAUACCAGAGCAGAUUGUGGAGUCUGUGGCGCAGUCGCGGCGCACGAUUAUUGUGCUAUCGCAGCACUUCGUCGAAUCCGAUUGGGGUCGCAUGGAAUUCAAAACGGCACAUCAAUGCGCCAUUAAUGAGAAGCGUGCGCGCAUUAUAAUAAUCAAGUAUGGCGAGAUUACAAAUACGGCGGGACUCGAUAGUGAGUUGGAGGCUUAUUUGCGUAUGAAUACAUAUCUUGAUUCUGAGGAUCCAAGAUUUUGGCAAAAGUUGCGUUACGCAAUGCCGCAUAAAAGAGGUGAAGGGCGGAAGGCGGGCAUGCUUGAGGUGAGCGGUAGAAUAUAUGUGAGUGGCCAAGUGGAAUUGAACCAGUUGAAAAGCGAAAGAGAGGAGAAGUGA